AUGGCGAAUUUCUCGUCUGCAACAAAUCGAGAAGCUCUGAUUGCGCAAAGCAUCUGUGGAGCCAUAUUGAAAGGAAGCUGGAAAAACAUUCUGAAACGCAAAAUCGAUUCGGGACUAUUGAAAUCGGCGAUCACCACUCAGGUAAUCUCCGAGCUCUCUCUGUUUUCCGGUUACGGCGGAGCUUCUCUCUCAUGGAGUUUCUUCAGCUGGACUGAUUCCUUCCCGAGCUGCAAACACAACUUACAAUCAUCGUGGCAAAUGGUAUUGAUUCUCACGAAGCACAAGCAUUUCAAAACCGCACACCACCUGCUCGACAAAUUGUCAAAGAGAGAGCCUUUAUCAUCUCCUCUGCUUUUGAGCUCUUUAAUCAAUGGCGUUUCAGAAGAUCCAGAGAUUCUCUCUCACGUUUUAAGCUGGUUGAUGAUAGUCCACGCGAAAUCAGGAACGAUCAACGACUCGAUUGAGGUUUUCGAGCAGAUCAGGAGUUUCGGAUUGAAGCCGCAUUUGCAAGCUUGCUCUGUUCUUCUCAACAGUUUAGUGAAACAGAGAUUGACUGAUACAGUUUGGAAGAUGUUCAAGAAGAUGGUUACUUUAGGAGUUGUGGCUAACGUUCAUUUGUACAACGUAUUGGUUCACGCUUGUUCGAAAUCCGGUGAUACAGAGAAAGCAGAGAAGCUCUUGAGCGAGAUGGAAGAGAAAGGUUUGUUUCCUGAUCUUUUUACCUACAACACGUUGAUCUCCGUGUACUGCAAGAAAGGUAUGCACUACGAGGCUUUAUCGGUGCAAGAUCGGAUGGAGAGAAGCGGUGUGUUGCCUGAUGUUGUGACUUAUAACUCGCUGAUACACGGGUUUUGUAGAGAAGGUAGGAUGAGAGAAGCGACGAGGCUGUUUCGUGAGAUCAAAGGCGUUGUGAAUGUGAACGGUGUUACUUAUAGUACUCUGAUUGAUGGGUAUUGUAGAGUGAAUGAUGUAGAUGAAGCUUUGAGGCUGCGUGAGGUGAUGGAGUCGAGAGGGUUUGUGCCUGGUGUUGUGACUUAUAACUCGAUUCUGAGGAAGCUUUGUGAGGAUGGGAGGAUAAGAGAAAGUAAUCGGCUUUUGAGCGAGAUGAGUGGGAAGAGGAUUGAGCCUGAUAAUGUCACUUGCAAUACUUUGAUCAAUGCGUAUUGUAAGGUUGGAGAUAUGGUUUCUGCAGUGAAGGUGAAGAAGAAGAUGGUUGAUUCGGGGUUGAGGAUGGAUGUGUAUACGUAUAAAGCGUUGAUUCAUGGGUUUUGUAAAGUUCUUGAAUUGGAGAAUGCGAAGGAGGAGAUGUUCUUGAUGGUGGAGAAAGGGUUGUCUCCAGGGUAUUCGAGUUAUUCUUGGCUUGUUGAUGGAUUCUAUAACCAGAACAAGCAGGAGGAGAUUGGGAAAUUUGUGGAGGAGUUUGAGAGAAGAGGUCUUUGUCCUGAUGUUGCGUUGUACAGAGGAUUGAUAAGAAGGGUUUGUAAGUUAGGGCAUGUGGAUUACGCGAGAGUGUUGUGUGAUUCGAUGGAGAAGAAGGGUUUGGUUGGAGAUAGUGUUAUAUACACGAGCUUGGCGUAUGCGUAUUGGAGGAUAGGGAAGGUCGUUGAAGCUUCUGCUCUGUUUGAUGUAAUGUAUAAUCGACGGUUGAUGGUGAAUUUGAAACUGUAUAGAUCGAUCAGUGGCUCUUAUGCUGGUGAUAACGAAGUGUUGAGAUUCUUUUGGAGUCAUGUUGGUGAUAGAUGUCUUAUAUCGAAGAGUAUUUUGCGUGACAUGAACAAAAGUGAGGUUUUGUGA